CAGAAGCAACCAGCCGACCAAACUUACAAAAGACAGCAGAACCGUUUUGACCAAAUGUCUAUCGAUGACGGGAGGAGAAUGAAGCGCUAGAGAGGAAGCGGCCACCAGCAGAACGUACCUAAGUGAACAUACCGUUGGCUUUUCUGUCUGUGCAUUGGUUGGUUUCUCUGGAGCAUAUCUGGGUUUGGGCGAGGCCUGACUUUAACCUCUGAAGUUCAGCGCUGAGACGCUCCUUGCUGGUGCCAACUUUUAACAGACAGACAAAACCAACACGUUCACCUGAGAGCAGGAUGUCUGAGCUGCCUGCUUUCCAUCGUUUGUCCUUCCUGUUGCUUUGUAUUCUGGCUCUGACCGUGGUGACAUCUGGCUUCCCUCAGACUCGACCCCCUCUUAGAAGCCUCGAUGACGCAGAGGAAUCUAACCGAGACGAAUGGGAGGUGCUCUUUCCCUCCAUUUCUCUGGGUGAUUGGAUUAUUCAAAUGAUGUCAGCGCCCAGCGUUGGAGCUGACAGCAAUGCCAGACUGAUGAGGGAGGCGUGGCUGUUUGCCCUGGCCAGCGCAGAAGCGAGCAGGGAGAGGGCGUGGCCUGCUGAAUGGUCAUCUCAUGGCGCCGGCACGGUGAAGAGGAACAUGGUUGUGGCUGACGACGCUGCCUUCAGAGAGAAGAGUAAACUCCUCACCUCCAUGGAGAGACAGAAGUGGCUGAACUCCUACAUGCAGAAACUACUGGUGGUUAAGUCUUCAUGAUUUACUCUCCAUAGCCCUGAAA